AUGAGGCAUUUUACAUCACCAGAAGAUUUUGUAUUCCAGGCAAGUGCUGCUGCAGAGAAUGAUGUUACUGCGCAGUCUGAAAGUAAUGAGAGUCCAACUGCUUCUGUAAAGAAUGAUGUUGCUCCCCAAGCUGAAAGUGAUGAGAUACUGGAGAGAAAGUACCAGAAGGAUUUGCAAACAGCUCUCGAAUUGAGCCGUGAGAUGGCGAUUUCUGCAGCAUCUCCUUCGCAGGAAACAUCACUAGAAAUGGCUACGAAAUCUAAUAAGGAGAAGGAGCAGCGGGGCGCAGAAAGCGACAAUGUGGAACUGCUGACUGCUGAUGUCGAUAAAGAGGCUUCCAAUCUCUUGACGAAAACUGGUGGAUCCACGACAUCUAGAGAAAGGCAGCUAGUUGCAUUGUAUCGGACAAAACUUCUCGAAGUACUGCGGCAACAGAAAUUGGAUAAUGACAUAAGAAAGAAAGCCGAGGAGGAAAUGACGAAGUAUAGAAGUCGCUAUAAGAAACUAUGCCAGUUAUUAAACGACGCUGAAGGUUCGUUAACAGUUGCCUGCCUUUUUUCUUAG